AUGUCUUCUCCUCCUCCAAAGCAGUAUCCUCCAGGAUACCUUGAUGAGUUCUGCGGUGAAAAGUUGAUCAUUCUCGCCACUUCUUUCAUCAUUCUCGAGCUUGUAUUCGCAGCUGUUCGGUUUUAUGUUCUUCAAAUGCAGAAAAGAAAGUGGGGUGUUGAGGACUGGCUGAUGAUUCCAGCGCUCUUGGCCAAUCUGUGUGUCUGUAUUUCUGGAAUUGUUUUGAUUCCUAGGGCCGGCGUCGGAUAUCACAUCCAAAAGGUCAUGGCAGAAGCACCGUGGAAACUGGUCAACUACCAGAAAGGAAUAUUCAGCGGAAUCUGGGUUUGGGGGCUGGCUAUAGCUUCUCCAAAGCUGGCCAUCCUCAACUUUUACCUUCGUUUCUUUAGACUUCGAACCGAGCGGAUUCUGACUUAUGGCCUCAUGCUUUUCGUUGGAUCCACCUAUGUGGCCGUUGCUUUUGCUCACACCUUUGCCUGUUGGCCCGUGGCCUACCAGAUGCAUCCAUUUCCUUCAACCAAAGAUCACUGCUUCAACUUGCAGGCAUUCUAUCGAUGGAUGUCGUUCCCCAACAUCCUCUCCGACGUGGCAAUGCUCGUGCUUCCUCUGCCGAUGGUCAGUCGACUGCAGAUGUCGCGAUACCAGAAGAUCGGACUUGGCAUAAUAUUCGCCACUGGCGGAAUCGGCUUGGUCACUUCGUGCUGUCGUUUCGCGAUUUCCUACAAUAAUGUGGGGCAAGUGGACAACACCUGGAUGGCUGUACCUCUGAAUAUGUGGACUGAGAUUGAGCCGGGAGUCUACUUUCUUGCAGCCUGCAUGCCUUCAUUCCCUCCGCUGCUUCGGUCCCUCUGGGCUCGGUUCUUCCAGCCGACGAGUAGCCACCGUUUCAUCGACGACGGCAAUAACAAUAAGAUUGCCCUUUACAGUAUUGGGGGCAGUCCACGAUGCCAGGACGUCCUUUCCCACAAUCCAGCCAAUACCCGCAACGAGACCCACGAGGAGUUUCCUGCCUAUGACGAAGAGGGGGCUCGUCGACCCGCCCUGUCAGACAACAUGCACCACGGGCUUCGGCACAGCGUUGCUUACGCCGACUUGGGGAGUCUCGAGGCAGCCCGCCGCGGCAGCCCUCGUACUCUGAUGUACAUUCACCCCCCCAGAAACAUUCGCAUCACUGAAGAAAUCACCGUCCGGCAUGGCCAGGGCACUCUGUGGGACGAUAUCUGAGACGUUUCACUCGAUUGCUAUUCGACACAGGUGCGAAGCUGACCUUGACCUCGAUGGCCCGGGAUUAGCGUGUGUCUGGAGACGCCGUCUUGAUGACGCGGAAGAAGGGGUUGACAAAUCGGAAGAUGAUCAAGAAGUGAAGGAUGAUUGAAAAGUCGGAGGAUGACUUAUGACUGAUGACCA